UAGGAAGCACCCGGGAUCUCAAGGGCCAGAUUGAUGCGCAGCAUCCGUUCAGGCGUUCAUGUGGUCUGGUGUCGGGGUCCCGGGAGCUCGGAGGAAUACUCGACGGUUUCAGCACCAUAGGGCUCGUUUUCCUUAUUGGUUCCAUGAAAAAUGGAGCCAUCUAUGAGAAUAACUUUUCAUUGCAGUUUAUUUUUUUGGUUAUAUAUACAGAGAUUAUAGUGGGGGAGGAUACAGAAACUGUGAAUAUACUCACCGAGCGCCGAGCAGAAAGGGUAGGGUGGGGAGAGAGAAGGUAGGGUCGGGAAAGUGAAAAUGGAAUCUGGAAAAUUGAGGGUUCUUGCCUUGCUGCCUCUUCUCGCAUCUCUUAUCCUACUCUACUUCGAUAUAUAUCCACAGACUUACAGGAGCAGCUGUAGCCUCAUACAAUACAGACAUUAUUGGAUUGCUAGCAAACGUAUUGUGACUCCGACCGGAGUUAUUUCCGGUGCAGUUGAGGUAAAGAGAGGCAGGAUAGUAUCUGUCAUCGAGGGAGAUGAAUGGCGACCUAAUGCCGAGAGUAAGCGUGUCAUGGAUUAUGGAGAAGCUGUGGUUAUGCCUGGUUUGAUUGAUGUGCACUCGCAUCUUGAUGAUCCUGGAAGGGCAGAAUGGGAAGGAUUCCCUUCGGGAACAAUGGCAGCCGCAGCUGGUGGGAUCACAACAUUGAUCGACAUGCCGUUGAAUAGUGUACCCUCUACGGUUUCGGAAGAGACACUUAAGCUUAAGACGAAGGCUGCAAAAGGGAGGAUAUUUGUUGAUGUCGGUUUUUGGGGUGGUCUGGUGCCUGAUAAUGCUGUUAAUACGGAGACUCUGGAGCGACUUCUUAAAGCCGGAGCACUUGGUCUCAAGUCUUUCAUGGUUAAUUCCGGAAUCAAUGACUUUCCGAUGACGAAUUCUAGCCAUAUAAAGGCAGGGCUGUCUGUACUGGCUAAGUAUAAAAGACCGUUGCUUGUACAUGCCGAGGUUGAACAAGAAGUCGAAAAUGAUCUUGACAAGGCUGACAGCCCGAGGUCUUAUUCGACAUAUCUUAAGACACGACCUGCUUCAUGGGAAGAAGCUGCAGUAAAGGAGCUCGUCGAGCUGGCGAAAGACACUCGACCGGGAGGAUCUGCUGACGGAGCUCAUCUUCACGUUGUUCAUCUUGUCGACGCACGAUCUUCCUUGCAGCUUAUUAAGGAAGCAAGGAGUCGGGGAGACAGCAUUACGGCCGAGACAUGUCCUCACUACCUGGCCUUCUCUGCCGAGGAAAUCCCAGACGGCGACACUCGAUUCAAGUGCGCCCCGCCUAUUCGCGAUUCAGACAAUCGAGAUAAGCUGUGGGAUGCUUUGCUCGAUGGCGACAUUGACAUGCUGAGCUCGGAUCACUCGCCCUCGGUCCCCCAACUUAAACUUUUCGAUGAGGGGGACUUCCUCAGAGCAUGGGGCGGCGUCUCCUCCUUGCAGUUUGUCCUACCGGCGACAUGGUCGUAUGGUCGCGACCACAACGUCAGUCUCGAUCAAAUAGCGUCAUGGUGGAGUGAAAGGCCUGCGAAACUCGCCGGGCAAGAUCAUAAGGGAUCCAUUGCAGCAGGGAAACAAGCGGAUAUCGUUGUAUGGGACCCCGACGUAGAAUUCGAACUCGACGAUAAUCAUCCCGUGUACCUCAAGCAUCCGAGUGUUUCGGCGUACAUGGGAUCGAAGCUUGCUGGGAAGGUUAUGGCUACGUUCGUUGGAGGUAACCUUGUUUACAAAGAAGGGAAGCAUGCUGCCAUGGCUUGUGGUGCCCUAAUUCUCGCUGCUACGGAUGAAUGAUAUAUAAUAUAGACAGAGAGGAUGGUUUGUUGCUGCUGUUGGGACAUUUAUUAUAUUUGUGUCUGUUUCUCGUAGGUUUUGAGUUAUUGUUUAUUUGUACUUUGUUGUAGUGUUUUUUUUUUGGGUUGUCAAGGCUCAAUUGUACAUAAACUACUGCGGGUCAUGGACUGGUGACUUGAAUGAAGCCUUGGGUUUGGUAAUAAUCAGUGGUUUAAUUUAAG